ACACAAUUUCCAACUAUUUCGCCACGUGGAAGAACCUGGUUGGAAAUUGGGUUGGACAUGGAGAGGUCAUGAAGUGAUUUUGGCAAUGUUUGGAGCAGAGGCAAUGGAACAAGGAAAUUGCACAUUAUUUAGAGGACAAGAUAAACCUCAUUGUUGUAAGAAAGAGCCAGUUAUUAUUGAUCUCAUGCCUGGUGCACCAUACAACAUGCAAUCUGCCAAUUGUUGUAAAGGAGGGGUCUUAACAUCAUUGACACAAGAUGUUACCAAACAUGUUGCAUCCUUUCAGAUGAAUUAUAUGAAAUCAUCAACCUCAAUUUCAGAAACUUGGAACGUGACAUGUACUUACUCACCGUUUUUAACAUCAUAUACCCCAAAAUGUUGUGUCUCCUUCUCUGCAUUCUACCAUAGCGACAUUGUUCCUUGCCCUUUAUGCAGCUGUAAUUGCCAAGGACAACCAAGAGCAGAUUGCAUAGAUUCUUAUAAGACUUCAGUGUUGAAACUUCCACAAGCAAAUGAUGCAGAACCAGUUGUGAGGUGUUCACAUCACAUGUGUCCUAUACGCGUUCAUUGGCAUGUAAAACAAAGUUAUAGAGAGUAUUGGAGGGUCAAGAUCACAAUCACAAAUCUAAACAUCAUAAAAAACUAUUCUCAAUGGAAUUUGGUUGUUUUACAUCCCAAUUUGCGAAAUUUAACACAAGUUUUUAGUUUCAACUACCAACCUUUGCCAACUUAUGGAAAUUUCAAUGAUACAGGGAUAUUUUGGGGCCUAAAAUACUACAAUGACUUGCUGCUAGCACAUGGUGAGGAUGGGAAUGUGCAAACAGAGUUGUUACUAAACAAAGAUCAAGGAGAGUUCACCUUUAAAGAAGGAUGGACUUUUCCGAGAAAAAUUUCGUUUAAUGGAGAUGAAUGUGUUAUGCCAUCUCCUGACCAUUAUCCAAGGCUUCCCAAUUCAUCUCAUAUUGCUACCAAAAGCCAUCUCUUGUGUUUGUUCUUGAUGUUACUAUUAACAAUAUUGUUCUUAUAAUUUGAGUGAAAGGAUGAUAGUUUAAUAGUAUUUCAUGUUGUGUGAAUUUUCUACAAUCUUAGUAGAAUAUCAUUGCAUAAAGUAGUAUAGAUAGAUAGAUAGUUAGAUAUUCGUAGAA